CUUUCAUCUUCUUCUUGACUGAAAAAACAAGAGAAACAAUCUAAACAUAGAAAUACAAUACAAACAACAGAAAUAUUCAAAAUCCAACAAAUCCCCCCUUCUUCUUUCCUUUAUUUUCUCUCCACCCUCGAUCCUCCCUUCCAUUCAUUUCCCACAUUACGUAAUUCACCUUUCUCUUCUUCCAUCUUUCUCUUUUUCUAUCUUUGGUUCUUUAUUUCUUUCUCCAUUGUUCUUGAUUUAAUUCUUCUGGUUAAUCUUUUUCUUGUGAAGGGGGCGAGACGGGGUUCUGCUACAGCAGAAUGGCGCCGCGUCUCUUCGCCUGCUUUGGCAAGUGCAACUAUUCCUCCUCCUCCGGGAACCAAGUGCAUGGAAAGGGGAAAAGCAACGUGACGGUGGAUGCUUCAGCGGAGGAGCAGCGGCGUGCAGGUGCUAUUAUGGUGGAGCUAUUCUCUUCACAGGGGUGUGCGACGUCGCCGGAGGCUGAAUUAUUGGUGUCAAGGUUAGGGAGAGGAGACUUUGCCCUGGAAACGCCGGUGAUAGUGUUGGCAUUUCAUGUAGAUUAUUGGGACUAUAUGGGAUGGAAGGACCCUUUUGGCUCUAGCCAAUGGACUGUAAGGCAAAAGGCUUACGUUGAGGCAUUGAAGCUUGACACUAUGUUUACACCACAGGUAGUUAUCCAGGGUAGGACUCAGUUUGUGGCCAAUGAGGAGGAGGCUCUUUUGUCUUCCAUCAUGAGUGCACCCAAAUUUCCUUCCCCCUCAUUUCAGGCAACCUUCCAUAGGCCUACAUCAGAUUCCUUGCAAGUCAAUUUGUCAGGAGCUUUAAGAACUAAAGUUGACAGUAAUGGCGCAAAUAUAAUGGUGGCUUUGUAUGAGAGUGGAUUGGUGACUGACUGCCCAAAGGGAGAGAACAAAGGGCGUAUGUUGUCUAACGACUACGUUGUUCGAAAGCUCGAAAAGCUCUGCACGGUCAAGGACAUCUCUGCCAAGAAGACAGUUUCAGGAACUGUUAAUUUUUCCCUGUGGGAUGGCUUCAAUAGCAGCAAAUGUGGUAUUGCUGUCUUUGUUCAAGAUAAUUCCCAUCAAAUUUUUGGUUCUCAGAACUUUCAGUUGCCAGAUGAUAUAUGAGCAUUGAGAUUCAUUCAUUCAUUCCAUUCAGCAGCUAUAUGUAUUCUGGCUACAAUCUUAGGCCCCUAUGUACAGGACGUGUUGGAUAUCAAUUUCCUUUUUCCUUUCCCUUUUUUUUUUUUCUUUCUUGUUGGUUUUAUAUGGUAGGAGAUGGAGAGAGACAUUUAACACUUUCAUGAUAUGAAUUUCUUUCACAUUUGUGGAUUUUCAUUUUUCUUGAUAUAUAUAUAUAUAUGUGUCUUUAUUAUGGUUUCGGGGAGAUGAGAUGAGAUUGAACCCAGUUGGUUGCACCUGUAUUCUUUUAAGAUUUAAUCACUUUUGAUGCAGUUCAGAUCAUUUAUCUAGUA